UUUAUCUUCGCUUCAAUUGAGUGACAGAUUUUUAUAAGAGAUGUCAACGAAAACAUACCAAAUCUGUUUCGUGCCGUGCGAUGCGUUCGGACACGUGAACGCGUGCUUAGGGUUAGCACAAAGUCUAACACAGUUUGGCCACAAAUGUGUGUUUGUAGUGAACCAGACCUGGAAAGACCUCAUCGUUGGCCUCGGCUUUGAUGUCGAGGUCUAUAUCGAAGCUCAUAAGGAAGGAGUGAAUGGCAUUGACGUGUGGAUCAAAUCCAUGCGUGAGUCCCGACACUCACUUAUACUGUCUUCGUUUGACAAAAUCCGUGAGUUUGAAGCCCCGGGUUGGCCCACAAUGACUGCCGAUGUGAAGACAUUCAACACUGACGUCCAGCGUAUCAUUGAUUCAGUCAAACCCGACGCCAUAGUCGCCGAUAAUUUAAUCUCUGUUCCAGCGGUUGUAUCGGCGGACGUGCCGUGGAUUGACUUAAUCUCUUGCAAUCCUCUGUAUUAUUGGUCGGACGAACGCUUACCGCCGGGAGGUUCAGGUUAUCCAACAAAUGGCGACAAAAAAUUAUGGCAAGAAUUUCGUGAAGAGACAUACAGUGCAUACAGCGAUGAAUGGCAUAGUUUUAACCAAUGGUUACAAUCAGUGGGUGCGCCCGCACUUCAACACUGCGGCCACUUCUCAAACCCCUCGCCAUUCCUCAACUUAUAUCUCUGUCCACAAGAACUAGACUACAAAGACAUCGCACCUAAAGACACAAAACUUUGGCUUAAUAUCGAUUCACUCAUUCGUUCAGACAUUGAAACGCAAACCAAAACUUUUGAAAUACCGGAAGAGUUGCGACAAAAAUCCGGAAAACUUAUAUACCUAUCGAUGGGAACUUUAUGUUGCGUAGAGCUGUCACUCAUGAGGCGAUUAGUGUCACUGUUGUCGCACUCAAAGCAUCGGUUUAUUAUCUCAAAGGGUCCGUUAGGGGAAGAAUACGAAUUGGCAGACAAUAUGUGGGGCCAAAACUCAUUACCGCAGUUACAAGUGCUCCGAUUGGUUGACUUAGUGCUCACACACGGAGGCAAUAAUACGGUCACCGAAACCAUGCAUUUCGGUAAACCACUGAUCGUUUUGCCCGUAUUUGCCGAUCAGUACGACAACGCACAGAGAGUGGUCGAAAAGGGACUCGGCCUACGAUUGGACCCAUUCUUCUGCAGUCAAUCGGAACUCUUUGAAGCAAUCGAUGAGUUGUUGAAUGACUCAAAUCUGAGCCAAAGAUGUUUAAAGAUUUCGGAGAGGAUUAGGAAAAGUGAGAGUAAAGCUAAAGCCGUUAAACGCAUUGAAGAAGUCAUACAAGAAUAUCAAGAAAAGUCUUAGAAUUGUUAUACUUUUAAAACUGGUUAAAUUAUAUUAGACUUUAUUUUAUAA